UUUACUCAUGUGCUGCAGCUCUGGAAAUACUGUUAUCAAGAUGGAAUCUACAAUCAGUAACACCAGCAAGUUGGAAAAACCAGUCUCUCUCAUAUGGGGGUGUGAGCUGAAUGAACAGAACAAGACAUACACAUUUAAAGUGUCAGAUGAAGAUAAGAGUGAGCAUCAACUGGCGUUGAGGACAGUAUGUCUUGGGAAUACAGCAAAGGAUGAGUUUCACAUAGUAGAAAUAGUCCCUCAAGCAGUAGAAGGAAGUGAUGCAAAACCAGUUCCUAUUGCCACACUAAAGCCAUCUAUUCUCCCAAUGGCUACCAUGGUGGGCAUUGAAUUAACUCCUCCAGUCACGUUCCAACUGAAGUCUGGAUCUGGGCCACUUUAUAUUAGUGGUCAGCAUGUCGCACUGGAAGCAGACUACUCCUGGGCAGAGGAAGAAGUUGAAGAGGAGGUGGAAGAGGAGGAAGAAGAGGAAGAUGAUCCAGAAUCUCCUCCCAAACCUGUAAAGAGGCCAGCAGCUUCCAAGAAGGCAGGACAGGCAAAGAAGAAGAAAAUGGAAAAAGAUGACGAGGAAAGUUCUGAAGAGGAAGACAGUCCUGCCAAAAGGGGCAGAGGACGAGGAAGGAAGCCUGCUGCUAAGAAAUGAAUGCCUGAAGUGGUACCUUUUUUGUAUUGUCGCUAUUCAAUUGACCAGAUCCAUGCCACCUGCCGCAUGGACUACACAAGAAAUUGGAGAUCUGUCCAGUUUAAGAUCAGUCUAGAGCUCUGUAUUUUGGUCCAGUUUUUUUGGAAAUGUGUUCUGUAAAAUAAACUUUUCCAUAUGAAUUAU